GAGAGGUCGCUUGAUGCGGAUCUUUGUGAGAUGAGACAGAGUAAUCCCGUGAAGUGUAAAGACGCAGCAGCGCAGCUCGGAUAUCACGGGUUUAUUUCUCUCUCCACCCGGCCAUUGUGGCAAGUAAAUGAUUGCACAUCCGGAGAGUAAGGCAAAAACUAGUUUGUCUGAUUGACUUUAUGGGGCGGAUUUUGGGACUUAUUCAACAACAGGCAGGCGGACUGGAGGGGUUGCUCGGUGCGCUCCAGACGCACAACAUGAAGGAGGUGGAGAGGAGCUGAGCGCACUGACUGAGAGCCUCUCCAGGAGCUAGGAUGUGAGCUGAACUUGUGGUAGAAUGGCCACCCAUGUGGCACUGACAGCCAAGGGAUGGCAGCCUUUUACCACCGCCACCACCACCAGCACCACGUUAACCAGCAUCAUCUCCACCCUCCGAGCACCGACUUGCGGCGCCUGUUUCACCGACUCACCAUCGCCUCCUCUCUGAGCAUCAUCUGCUUCUCCUUGGUCUACCUUCUCACCGGAGGCUGCGAGUCGGAACUCACUGAGAACUCUGAAAUCAAGCCGCCCGCGCAGGACGUCCUCGUGAGGGGGGCGGGAUGGCCGCAGGAGGGGAACGGAAGCGAUGCGCUGGGCAUCAACCACCCCGCUCUGGAGAUCAACAGCUCGGGGAAAGAGUGGACAGCCGCGCGGAGGCUCCCCCAAGCUCUGAUCAUCGGGGUCAAAAAGGGGGGCACUAGGGCUCUGCUGGAGUUCCUGCGGCUCCACCCUGACAUCCGCGCUCUGGGGUCCGAGCCGCACUUUUUUGAUCGGCAUUACGCACGGGGACUAGACUGGUACAGAAGUAUGAUGCCCAAAGCCCUUGACGGGCAGAUCGUCAUGGAGAAGACACCUCGGUACUUUGUUACAGUGGACACACCAGCACGGGUUCAUGCCAUGUCACAGGAUGUGAAGCUGAUAGUAGUUGUUCGCGACCCUGUGACACGAGCCAUAUCGGAUUAUACGCAGAUCAUCUCCAAGACCCCUGACAUACCAUCCUUUGAGAGCCUGGCAUUCAAGAACCGCACCACAGGUCAGAUUGACUCUCUGUGGAGCCCACUGUGGAUCGGCCUCUAUGCCCAACACAUGGAGCGUUGGCUGGCCUGGUUCCCCAGGAGUCAGAUCCAUCUGGUCAAUGGGGAGAGGCUCAUCUCUGACCCGGCUGGAGAACUGGGCAAAGUCCAGGACUUUUUGGGUCUUCAGAGGAUAGUCACAGACAAGCACUUCUACUUCAACAAAACGAAAGGAUUUCCCUGCCUAAAGAAGCCAGAGGGCAGCAGUAAACCCCACUGUCUGGGGAAGACAAAAGGGAGGACACACGUCACCAUAGACCCAGAGGUGAUUCAGAAACUGAGGGAUUUCUAUAAGCCUCAUAAUCAGCACUUCUACCAGCUCGCAGGCCAAAACUUUGGAUGGCACUGAUCCCUAACCUGCAUGAAGCUAGAUGCCUCUGUUGACACUGCUUUAGUGCAAAUCUGCUGUCUGACGGAUGAAACACCUCAAAGUGGGCAAGACAAAGUCAAUAAUGUCUUCCUACAACCAGGCAGCACCUUAGCAGACUAAGAAAUCCCAUUGUCAAUACGAUUCGUCUGGAUCAACCAAUCAUCUUGACAGAGAUAUGUCAGAGAUACUCUCUCAUGCUUUUGAGGAAGAUGUUGUGAGACUGUGGUUGGUAAAGGAUGUGGUUUUACGCAGAAGGGUGAAAGCAGAAAGCUUUUAGUGUCUGACUCACAAUCUGUUGUAGCUGUACAAGGAAGUCAAGAACUCAGGGUUCCUACACAUUUUUCACUACAUAUUCCAUACUUUUCAGGACUAAUUUUUUUACUACAUUUUGGACAUUUUAGGGCAAAAUAUUGACUUUGAACCUGACUGAAUAGUUGAGUACUGAUUGAUUAAAUACCUAAAUCUAGGUAUCACAUGGCAAAAUCAAAGAUUAAGAAUGUCAGUUUCACAUGAAUAAUUUGUUAAAUAUUACUGGUCUUUUGGCCAUUAGAUAUUGGUAGAAGGACAAAUGUCUGCAAAAUCAAUCAUUUUUUCAUUCUAUAUUUUUCUUCCUACUUAUCCAGACCUAAACACAAAUUCCACAAUUUUACAGACUUUUCAAGGCUGUGUAGGAGCCCUGAGAACAAACACCUUUUCAUUUGCAUUUCUAGAGCCUUUGUUUCAUACCCAUUUCCUCUCCAAACUCAGAUUUUAAGAAUUUAAGGGCAAUCAGGGCAUACAUAUUGAAAAAUGUCCUGCAAGCAUUGUUUCCAAAAAGGUAGAAAUUAAUCUUUUAUGCGGUAAGCAGCUGAGAGGGCUGGAGGGUGGUGGAAGGGGGAAUGGGGGGCAGAGGGAAUAUGUGUAUGAGCUCAGAUUUGACUGAGUGCUUUUGUAUCCUUGAAUAAUGAAUGUGGUUAAAUGGACGUAGUGGGAACUGGUAUGGAUCACUUGGCUCAUUUGUAUGCUUUGCUUAGGUUAGCGUGUGCAGAACCAGCCUAUUGUGCUGUGCUUUGAGCAAAGUAAACGGACCAGUGGAGGGUGACAGGAUAGAAAAACCGAAGAUCAAUACCAGGAAGUUUAGCCUGUUACUAGCCAGUUCUGUGGAUGUUAUGUACCAAGCCUUCCUGCUUCUGCUUACAAGGUUUUCCGUUUUCAGUUUGCAUGUAUUUGCACUAGUUGGAAAACAGAAAAAAAUAAAACUAUUUUUAAGCAAG